CAAAUGCAGUAGAGUAUUUCAAAGAAAUAGAAACAAAUCUCCACACCACGACUCUUCAUGGUUUCUCUCUCUAGAUUUUUAAGACUCCAUUCAACGUGGGUGUGGCGUAACGAUGUUUUUUUAAUCGGUCUCUGAUUUUGAAGCUACCAGAAAAGGGCUUGACCGUUUCCGAUCGUUUUUCGUUUGAAUUGAUCUGAAGACGAUGUACGGAGGCAGCAGAGUCGAGGGCAAGAGAGAGUAUGAAGCUGAGAUACCCGUAUUGAGGCCGAGCAUCCACUCGAGAAGGGCAAACAUGAUGGUGAAAUUCCAAGAUCUGUAUGAAUUCACCGUGGAAGGAAAUGUGGAUGAUGUGAAUGUGUUGAAUGAGGUGAGAGAGAAAGUGAGGCAGCAGGGGAAGGUGUGGUGGGCUUUGGAGGCCGACAAGGGUGCCAAUUGGUAUCUUGAGAGCUUUGUUCCUUCCACUCUUCUUAAGUCUUCCCUAAAGUUCUCUACUUUGGUUAAUGCCAUCACUCUCAAGAAGCUUAUCAGGAAGGGCAUCCCCCCUAAUUUGAGGCCUAAGGUCUGGUUUUCCCUCUCUGGUGCUGCUAAGAAGAAGUCCACGGUGCCGGAUAGCUAUUACAAUGAUUUGAUCUCCGCUGUUGAGCAUAAGGUUACCCCUGCAACCAAGCAGAUUGAUCAUGAUCUUCCUCGAACAUUCCCUGGUCAUCCAUGGUUGGACACCCCAGAAGGGCAUGCUUCUCUAAGACGCGUUCUUGUUGGGUAUUCUUUCCGAGAUUCUGAUGUUGGUUAUUGUCAGGGUUUAAAUUAUGUUGCAGCACUACUGUUGGUUGUGAUGAAAACUGAAGAAGAAGCUUUCUGGAUGCUUGCUGUUCUCUUAGAAAACGUGUUGGUUAGCGAUUGUUACACAACUAAUUUAUCUGGUUGCCAUGUCGAGCAGAGAGUUUUUAAAGAUCUCCUGACCAAAAAGUGCCCCAGGAUAGCUGCUCAUCUGGGAGCUUUGGAGUUUGAUGUUUCUCUUGUUUGCACAGAGUGGUUUUUAUGCUUAUUUUCUAAGAGCUUGCCUUCGGAGACAACAUUGCGCGUGUGGGAUGUUCUUUUCUACGAGGGAGCAAAGGUUUUGUUCAGUGUAGCCUUGGCAAUUUUUAAGAUGAAUGAAGAAGAGUUGCUGGUGACACAUCAUGUAGGUGAUGUGAUCAAUGUAAUACAGAGAAGUACUCACUACCUUUUCGAUCCUGAUGAAUUGUUGACGGUUGCGUUUGAGAAGAUAGGGUUCAUGAUAACCACAAACAUAUCAAAGCAGAGAAAAAAGCAGGAGCCAGCAGUGAUGGCAGCGCUUGAUCAAAGAAUAAGACGAUUAAAUUCCCUAAACGAUGAUGAGAAAUCGUGAUCUUGGACUUGGUGGGCUGUAUCACAAGACAACUAUUGUUGUAAUUGUAAAUUAUGCAUCCAUACCCUCCUUGUUAAGAGAGCUCCUAAAUAACUUGUUCUAUUGUCUAUUCACUAUUCUUUAUUUGGUA